AUGACCGUCAAAAGAGUCGUUCCUCAUGGAGAAUGGGAAUCUCCCAUCUCCAUUGAGUCGGUCGCCUCUGGCGCACGAAGCCUCAGCGCCCCUCGUGUCUGCAGCAAAACUGGCCGGGUAUUUUUCCUCGAGGGUGACGGGACCGGCAGAACUGCCAUCAUGGAGUUGACCAGCCAUGGCACCGUCGACAUUCUGCCCAAGGAAUGCAGUGUGGGCAACACAGUCUACGAAUACGGUGUCCAGGCGCUCCAGACACUGCCCGACGGGCGUCUCAUUUUUUCCAGCAAGGACAAUACGGUCAGGAUUCUGGAUCCGAGUACGUCGAAAGUGACUACGGUUCUUCAAAACUCUCCCAUCCUGCGCCAUGGUUCUUUCACGGCAGACAAGACGUCGUCUUGGGUGCUGGCCAUUCAGGAGGACCACACCAACAACACCCCGUAUGGCAUCGAAAAUUACAUUGCCGCCAUCCAUGUUGGCACUGGAAACGUGAAGCGCGUCAUCUCAGGGGCGGACUAUUACUUCCAGCCUCGAUUCAACGACGACGGCACACGCCUCGUGUGGCUGGAGUGGAAUCACCCCGAGAUGCUCUUUGACAUGGCCCGGCUGUACAGCGCUGAUUGGGAUGGCGGGGCUGCUGCGGUACGGAAUGUGACGCUGGUUGCAGGAGGAAACUCUGAAGGCGUGUGCGAGCCUCAUUGGGGUCCCGAUGGCGCUUUAUAUUUUUCGCAAGAAAUUGGUGGCCACAGACAGCUCCUUAGAAUCGGCCCAGAGGGCGGCAAGCCUAUGCAUAUCGCGCUUUCUGGAUUGACCAGCUUUGAUCUGGGUGAAUCUUCUCUAUCUGAAGCCAGCCGGACAUAUGUGGCUUUGUCUAGUCGAUACCUGCUCGUCAACGCGGUGGCCGACGGCACCUGUCGGUUACUUGGCAUUGAUCUCGAGCAAGAAACUUGGAAGCAUAUUGCGCAUGAUCUAGACAUAUCUGCACUCGGAGCAGAUUGCAUAUCUAGAAUCGACGAGUCGUCUGCCUUGGUUGUCGCAAAAGGGCUGACAACUUCCAAUUCGCUCUUUAAGAUCGACAUCCACAGUCGGGCCAAGAACAAACUACUUCGUACAGCUGGACUUUCUGGCUCCGACUUCUCCGCCGGGUUAUUGUCUCUCCCGGAACACAUUACCAUUGAUUCGCGCCGCGAGCCUCGACAAACCCACGGAUUCCUCUUCAUGCCCCGGAACAACAAAUUCGUCGCCGAACAAGGAACACUUCCCCCACUCAUCAUCUUUGCUCAUGGAGGGCCUACUGGGAUGGCCAACAGUGGUUUCAAUCUGCGAGCUCAAUAUUUCACCUCGCGCGGGUAUGCCUUUCUGACCGUCAACUAUGUUGGCUCGACCGGCUACGGCACCGCAUACCGCCGAUACCUCUAUGGCCGAUGGGGCGUGUCCGACACCAAUGAUGUUGCCGAUUUCGCCGCACACUUGGUGGAAACAGGUCGAGUCCGGGCCGGGGCGGUGGGCAUCACGGGCGGCAGCGCAGGCGGCUACAACACGCUGCAGGCCUUGACGCGGUACCCCACGAGCUUUGCUGGCGGCGUGUGUGCGUGUGGCAUCAGCGAUCUCAUACAGUUCGACGACCAUACGCACAAGCUCGAGUCGGACUACGCGGCCGCCCUGCUAUUGCCCGAGGGAACGCCCGAGGAAGACAAGGUGCGCAUCUACAAGGAGCGCAGUGCGCGGUAUCAUGCAGACAAGAUUCAGUCACCUCUGCUUCUCGUGCAUGGCACGGCGGACUCUGUGGUGCCGGUUGUGCAGGCGAGGAUUAUUCACGAUAUUGUCAAGAAGAAGGGCGGCGAUGUGAAACUGGUAGAGAUCCCGGACGAGGGCCACAUGCUCAGUAAGCCAGAUACGGUCAGGAAGUACCUAGCCGAGGAGGAAGCUUGGUGGCGCAAGACAUUGCUCAAGGUGUAA